CUUAUUACCCCCUACGAAACACAAUCUCGCCCGGCAGAAGAAACAGAUCCAUUUUUCUCCGUCGACGAACAAGCAUUCCGCACUUGGUCGAGCUCACCGUCGGACGCCGUCCACCGUUGUCAGCCCUUGUGGUUGUUCUCUGGCAGGUAUUGAAGAAGUUGACAGCCUUGAAUAAGCCUUUGAAGUGGAUUGGGUAAGAUGAACCAUAACCCACAAUCAAGUGAAGGCAGGCAUGAUGAUGAUGCUGCACUAUCAGAAUUUCUGGCUUCUUUAAUGGAUUACACUCCUACGAUACCAGAUGAAUUGGUGGAACAUUACUUAGCGAAGAGUGGCUUUCAAUGUCCUGAUGUUCGAUUAACUAGACUAGUAGCUGUUGCAACCCAGAAGUUUGUGGCGGAAGUUGCCAAUGACGCCCUUCAGCAUUGCAAAGCAAGGCAGGCAACAAUUCCAAAGGACAAAAAGGAUAAGCAGCAGAAGGAUAAGCGCCUAACAUUGACAAUGGAGGACCUAUCAAAGGCGCUGCGUGAGUACGGUGUAAAUGUAAGGCACCAAGAAUAUUUUGCUGAUAGCCCUUCAGCUGGAAUGGAUCCUGCUACACGAGAUGAAUGAGCCAUUAAUUGUCUUAACAAAUCAUCAAGGCUUCUCGGCUGCUUAUAGCUUAGUAAAUACCGUCAUUUGGUAAGGUGGAUUUGAGUCUAAAGUCCACGAAUUUAGUUGAAUAGUUUCGAGUUCUGAACGUUCGAUUUAUAAACCAUCGUGUACAUUCUGCUUUUAACUAGAAGUAGAAGAUAGAAGAUAGAAAUAUAUUUGAAAUACGUUGUUAUUAAUUAGGAUUUUUUAAACGUCAUUUUGUUGACUUGAGAA